AUGCCGGAUAAGAAGGAUUCACACGAGCACCACCACGACCUCAUUCCUCACUUGUCCCCGAACAUCAUCCAUGACCCUUCGGCAGGAACGUCCGGUAUUAUAGCAGGGGAACUCGCAGCGAAUGAGCGGUCGCUAAUCUCACAAGCGAACCUCAAAUCGCAUAGCUACGGCUCAAUUGCACCCUCGGACGAAUCGACACUCGCUGCGGCAGAGGAGAAUUACGCCAUCGAUGAUCCUCAUGGCGGAUACGCGUUGCCCCGGGCACAAUUAUACACGGUGGUGUCGUGCUUGUUCAUGGCCUCCUACCUUGCGGCAUUGGACGCCACGGUCGUGACAACGCUACUCUCGCUAAUUGCAUCGGAACUACACGCAGUGCAAAACAUUUCUUGGAUCGCGACAGCGUACUUGUUGUCGUCGGCGGCGUUCCAGCCCAUUUUCGGCAAGAUUUCGGAUAUAUUUGGCCGCCGCGCGUUGUUGCUUGGAUGCAGUUUACUCUUUGGUAUUGGGUGUAUGAUCUGCGUCACCGACUCGUUGUGGUGGCUAGUCUUUGGCCGGUUUGUCACUGGAAUCGGUGGCUCGGGGUUGACUUCGAUUGGCACCAUGACCAUGUCGGAUUUGAUCCCCUUGAGAGAUCGCGGAUUGUACCAAGGGCUAGCAAACAUUUUUUUCGGAUUGGGCUCGGCAUCGGGUGGUAUUGUUGGUGGCUUGGUUGCGGAUACUUUGGGUUGGAAAUGGGUAUUUGCUUUGCAAGUGCCAUUGGCAUUGAUUGUUGGUCUUGCGAUUUUCUUUAAUUUGAAAUUACCUGCUGGCUCGCCUGGGUUGGGUAUGCAUGGAGAAGACAUUAGGCAAAAGUUGAAACGGGUGGAUUUCUUGGGCAGUUUCUGCUUGAUCAGCUCGUUGAUGUUGUUCUUGACUGCUGCCUCGAUGGGAGGUAGAGAAAUCGCAUACAGCUCAAACUCGUUCUUGGGGUUGAUCUUGAGCAGUUUUGUACUUAUCCUGGCAUUUGUCUAUGUUGAAGCUUACGUUAGUGCUGAGCCGAUCAUUCCUAUUGAGUUAUUGGGCAAUAGAACCGUGCUCGCUUCGUCGUUGACCAAUUGGUUCUACACCAUGGCGGUGUUUACCACAUUGUUCUACAUCCCCAUCUACUUCACCUCGGUGAUGAGCCUCACUGCAAGUCAAAACGGGUUGAGAUUGGUUCCCAACUUCCUUGGAGUCUCGUGUGGAUCUGUUGGUGCAGGCUACUACAUGAAGCGGACUGGGAAAUACUACAAACUAGCUGUGUUUUCCGGGAUAUUGUCGAUCUUGGGUGUUGUCAAAAUCACGUUGUUGACUCCGCAAACACCAGUGUGGCAGCAAUUCAUCUUAUUGAUCCCUUCCGGGUUGGGCUACGCUGCAAUCUUGACCGUGACGUUGCUCGCGUUGAUUGCUGCUGCUCCCAUGAAAUUCCAGGCGUGCACUACAUCGAUCCAGUACACAUUCAGAUCCACCGGUUCCACUUUGGGUGUCUCGAUUGCCUCGGCCAUUUUCCUGAACAUUGUGCUCCAGCAAUUGACGAGAAACGUUAAUGCGGUAGUGAGUGACCCCAAGAAAGCGGCGAAAAUCAUUGCCAAGGCUUUGGACAGUACAAGCUACGUCAAUGACGCUCCCGAGUACGUCAAAGGAGCCAUUCGAAGCUCGUACGAUGCUGGUUGCAAAGGGGCAUUCUAUUUUGCCUUGCUCACUAUAAUCCUCGGCUUUGUUUCCUCCUUGUUUAUGCGUGAGCACAAGCUCCACACCAGCAUCAACAGGGACUGA